AUGCCGCCUAUCUCUCGCACCGAAUCAGGUGCUGCAUCUCCUUCCAAUUUGGACGCAUACGAACCAAUAGGUGUCAUCGGAUCAGGAACAUUUGGUGUGAUUCGUAAAGUGAAAAGGGUGACAGACGGAAAGGUUUUCGCGCAAAAAGAAUUACACUUUGAACGUAUGUCAGAUCGUGAUCGAAAGAUGAUCGUUAGUGAAGUAAACAUCUUACGAACGCUCACUCAUCAAAAUAUCGUUCGAUAUGAAGAACGUUUUGUGGACCGUGAAAAUGGAAUAUUGUACAUCAUCAUGGAAUACUGUCAAGGUGGAGAUCUAGGUUCAACGAUCAGAGAAUGCAGAAAGACCAAAAAACUCUUGACUGAAGAAGUCGUUCUCUCAUACCUUUCUCAAAUGAUUCAAGGUUUAGACGCUUGUCAUAAUGCUCCUACAAGUCCUUCUCGUGUAAUUUUGCAUCGUGAUCUUAAACCGGAAAAUAUCUUUUUGGACGGUGAACAAACGGUGAAAAUUGGUGAUUUUGGUUUAUCAAAAGAAGUUGCAGCACAUAGUUUCGCAUGCACGUAUGUUGGAACACCGUAUUAUAUGAGCCCUGAAUUGGCUGCUGGCGCUCAUUAUGAUGUCAAAUCAGACAUCUGGGCUUUGGGUUGUGUUGCAUAUGAAUUGUGUGGAUUACGACCUCCAUUCGAUGCAACUACACAAGCCGAACUUACACGCAAGAUUCAAUUAGGACAUGUUCCUGAAUUGCCAAGAGGAUACUCCCGCACAUUGGGAGACAUGAUUCGUUCAAUGCUAUGCUUGGACCCAUCAAAGAGACCUACAACACGCACACUGAUGCAACAUCCUCUUAUCCGAUUAGCCUCUAGAAGACGUGAA